AUGGUAGCGGGAUGUAAUAUAUCUGCUAGUUUUAAAUUAUUGGGUCCAUUCUACAGAUCAGUUGGAUGCACUUCUAACUGUUACACAAACGCUAUUAAUAGAUCUAUUACUUGUAAUGGCUCAAAUGGUUGCUGCCAAACUAAUAUCCCAAUAGAAGUCGGUGCAUACCAGUCUUAUAUCUUUCAUUUUGGCUCUGAGGCACCGUGUAGUCAUACAUUCAUUGCCGAGAAGGACUAUUUUCCACCAACUCUCUCCCGCACCACAGAAACUACAUAUCACUUUCCUGUGGCCUUAAAUUGGGUUAUCACACUAGCCAGUUGCCACCAAACUCUCCAAAGAGGAAACUAUUUGUGUGGCCAAAACAGUCGGUGCAUUGACUCCACCAAGGGCCGGGGAUAUAACUGCCGCUGUAUGAAAGGUUACAGUGGGAAUCCUUACCUUCCCAAUGGAUGCCAAGAUAUCAACGAGUGUCGAAACCAAAGCAACUAUCCUUAUAGAGAGGAUCAGAUUUGCAUAAAUACACCUGGGAGCUACAAGUGCACUUCCUCACAUGGCCACAUAUCAAUCAUCUCAGAACUCCGCAGAAGAAAGGAAAAUAAGAUCAAGCAGGAGUUCUUUAAAAGGAAUGGAGGAUAUCUAUUGAAGCAGCGUAUCUCAGCUAAUAAAUCACAUGUAAUGAAAAUAAAAAUUUAUUCUGCCAAUGUGAUAGCGAAGGCGACCGACGGUUUUAGUCAAAGCCGGUUACUUGGUAAGGGAGGACAGGGUACAGUGUAUAAGGGUUUCUUGACAGAUGGAACCAUUGUAGCCAUAAAGAGGUCGAACGUAGUAGAUGAAGAUGAGGUUGAACGAUUUGUUAAUGAAGUUUUCAUUCUUGCACAGAUAAACCAUAGAAAUAUAGUUAAACUGUUAGGUUGUUGUUUGGAAUAG